CGCACUGCGCAUGGCGCCGGCAGGCAGCCGGCCGGCGGCCCUCGGGCUCCCCUCGCCGGUGAGCCCAGGGUGAGGGCAGGCGGCCGGGGAGACGUCCUUGGGCGAAGGGCAGAGGGGCUGCCGCCCCCCGGGCUUUCCUCGGUGGUGCUCUGCAGCCUUCGGGGCGAAGGUCCUGGUGGUGAAGGUUCUGGAAGCGAAGCCCCCUCCUCCAGGCCCAUGCUGCUGUAGGACAGAUCGGACGGUACGGUGGGUGCUUUGCCGGAGCGCUGGACGUGAAGCGACAUCUGUGGUAUUUCACCUCGUUCCUGUGCAAAGUGCACCCCGAGUUUAGGAGAGUGAUGCUGCUUAGGUCACUGUUUAUAAUGUAGCUGCAUCUGAAGAACUAGGAAGUGGCUCUGUGUCAUGCUGGCUAACACCACAGGGCAUUGUUUAACAGCACAUCAAGCCAUGAUUCCAAGAAUCCUGAAGCCAUUUCCCUAUAUGUGUGGCAGUCGAAUGCUGUCGGGUUACAAACCAAAAAGCAAUGUCAAGGACUCGUACAAAAUUCUUGAGCUUGAGGAAGGAUGCUCCCUUGAUGAUAUCAGAAAUUCGUAUCGAAAUCUUGCCAAAAAAUACCAUCCAGACAGCGGUUCCAGCACGGCAGAUCCAGAAGCAUUUAUUAAAGUAGAAGACGCGUACAGAGUUGUGCUCAGCGAUGUGGCAAACAAAAAGAAAUCAAAGGAGAAUAAGGAAGAGGAGGAGGAGGACCAGUUCAAAACAAAAGCACCGCAGCACAGACACUACCUGAGUUUUGAAGGCGUUGGUUUUGGAACACCAAGCCAAAGAGAAAAGCAGUACAUGCAGUUUCGAGUGGACCGUGCUACCGAGCAGGUGUUGGAAUACCGAAAGCAGAAACUUGAAAGCCAGUACGUCGCCACUGACCUCAUGAGAGCCAAGGAUGUGAGAGAGAGCAAGAAGGUGAAGAUAACUCAGGCAGUUGAACGGCUGGUUGAGGACCUCAUCCAGGAAUCAAUGGCAAAAGGAGACUUUGACAACCUCAGUGGGAAAGGAAAACCUCUGCAGAAGUUUUCAGACUGUCCGCAUAUCGAUCCUAUGACUCACAACCUGAACAGAAUCCUGAUAGACAACGGGUACCAGCCAGAGUGGAUCCUGAUGCAGAAAGAAAUACGGGAAACUAUCGAGCGAUUAAGGAAGGGUCUAGUGGCAUCUCGAAGUAAGCUCGGAGAGCCAAUGACGCCGUACAGGCAGAAGCAGUGGAAUCGCAUUUGUGAGCAAUUUAUGGAGGAUAUCAGGAAACUGAACAAAAGAAUUGACAGCUUCAAUUUAGUCGUUCCUAUUCUGAGCAGGCAAAUGGUGCACUUCAGUGCAGACAAAGAAAUCCUUCGAGCACAAAAGACUUACAAAGCUUUGAUGGAAAACAAAGAAGCUUCUGAUUCAGACACAAAGGAAGAGGAACAGGAAAAUGUUAAAAGGUUUGGGUGGAAGUCUUCUCUAUUUAAGUGGUUAAACCUUACAUUGAAAUAAGGUAAUAUUAACUCAUCUGUCUUGUCAAGAUUCUGGAUGCACUUUAUCACUAAAACUUGUAGCAUCAGAGAAAUUUCAGAUACACUGAAAAUGUAAAAUCCGCCUGUCUACCUGGCUAUCAUUACACCAGUUAAAAGGAAUUGGGCUGUCUGAUGUUAAGUUAAUGGAUUUCUUUGUGACUACUGUUAAGGAACAAAUAAACUCAGUUAUCCUUCAGCUGAUUUUACUUCUGAUUAAAUCAAAAUCAAUGCUCAACUUUUCGACUGUGGAAUAUAGUUACUUUACAGUACUGUUAUUGCUUCAUAAAGUGAAACUAAGGCAUAACAAAACACAUUAAGGACAAAGUAGAAGUAAAACUUAUUGUUCCCUGUAGUUUGGCCUUUAUCCUUCCUUACCUAAAUGCUCACAGCUGAUACAUUGUUGACAGGUUUCAUGUGUGUUUUUUUUUUUUUCCUAAUACGUUAAUUUCUUUAAGGUUACAUUAAAUGGGGAUGGAGGGAUAUCUGGAUGUAGAUUUGGACUGUUCAUUCUGCUGAAGUCUAUUUUUGUAUCUGGCUUUUAGCAUACAAGGAAGUUUCAGUAUCGUAGCAAAUAAGGAAGACUGGCCAAAACUAUACCCCAGCCACAAGGCUUCUUGGAAUUGAGACGGGAAUAUUAAUUUUUAAACAUAAUUGCUUGCACCAUUUAAAUAUUUAAAAUUUCACAGAAUAAAUAAUGGUGGCAUCAAAGAA